UGGAUCUGUUCAGUGCGAAGGCCGAAAUGUCCCUGCCGGAGUGGCACAUUGCGGUGAAGUUGGCGGAUCAGCCCCUGGCUCCUAAAUCCAUCCUACGUUUGCCCGAGACAGAGCUGGGAGAAUGCCCGCUCGGUGUGUGCAGCAUCUCGUACCUCAAGCAACUCAUCACUGGCAAACUGCAGGAGUCCGUCCCAGACCCUGAGCUCAUCGAUCUGAUCUACUGUGGCCGUAAGCUGAGGGAUGACCAGACGCUUGAUUUUUAUGGCAUCCAGUCUGGGUCCACUGUUCAUGUCCUGCGCAAGUCGUGGCCUGAGCCUGAUCAAAAACCAGAACCUGUGGAUAAGGUUGCAGCAGUCCGGGAGUUCAGAGUCCUUCACACUGCCCUGCACAGCAGUCCUGCCUACAGAGAUGCGGUCUUCAAAAUGCUGGGGAACAAGGAGUCGCUGGAUCAGAUCAUUGUAGCUACUCCCGGCCUCAGCAGUGACCCUGUUGCUUUGGGAGUCCUACAGGACAAGGAUCUCUUUUCAGUGUUUGCAGACCCCAACAUGCUGGACACGCUAAUCCCAGCCCACCCUGCACUUGUGAACGCCAUUGUCCUUGUUCUGCACUCAGUGGCUGGCAGCACCCCGCUCCCAGCCCCAGAGACAUCCUCCCGAGGCAUGUCCUCUGGCUCCUACCGGGACAUGCCAGGUGGCUUUCUGUUUGAAGGUCUCUCUGAUGAUGAAGAUGACUUCCACCAGAGCACAAGAUCUACACCAUCCAGCAGCACUUCUGGUUCCCGCCCAGCUUCCCUUGGUUACGCUGGGGCUGCUGGACCCCGGCCGAUCACCCAGAGCGAACUGGCGACCGCACUGGCACUGGCGAGCACCCCAGAGAGCAGCUCCCACACGCCCACUCCCGGCACCCAGGGUCACUCCUCUGGGACGUCCCCAAUGUCAUCCAGUGUCCAGUCAGGGACACCCAUCACCAAUGACCUCUUCAGCCAGGCCUUACAGCAUGCUCUGCAGGCCUCAGGGCAGCCCAGCCUGCAGAGCCAGUGGCAACCACAGCUUCAGCAGCUGCGAGACAUGGGCAUACAUGAUGAUGAGCUAAGUCUCCGAGCCCUGCAGGCCACUGGAGGGGACAUUCAGGCUGCCCUGGAGCUCAUCUUUGCUGGUGGGGCUCCCUAGCUUUUGGGGCAGAA